CUGGCGAUGACAGGCAGCACCUCAAUGGAGAUGGGGAACGACUUCAGGUCUGGGUGGAUUAUGCGGCCUGGCGAGCAGGACCCUGUGAUUAGCUCCACCAGCGCAACACAGUAUACCGAUGCUGUUGGCGGGACAGUUGUAGCAAAGAAUGGAACUUGCUUCGCUCAGCUCCAAAAACGGUUGGCGGAUUGUCUCGGAUCUAUCCGAACCUCGGAGACGACAUCGUCGUCCGGAACUCAGUGCCUUCCGGGAAGCGAGACGACAACAUACCACGGAUCCGGCAACGACAAGCUCCAACCAUGUUCGGUUUCGCCUCAAAAGGAAGUUCGGAUUAAUCCGAACCGGGAAGCCAGUACCGUUGAGGGAGCACAACGGUCUGCGGAACUCGAACGGGUGGUCCGGGUUUCUGAAAACCCUGGCGGCGAAAUUCGGAUUCAUCCGAACCAGGAGGACGUGUCCUCCAUGACAGACGACCGGUGUCAGGACGCCGUAAUGAUGUGCAUGGAAGUCCACAAGGAGCUGCAGGCAGACUGUCCGACUGAGGGUGAGUUAGUGACCAGCUUCAAUGUCGAGCCCCUCACACUCGGAUCCGAAUGCCUGGUGACGGUUCACACUGAGUUAGCAGUCUUAAGCGACUCUUCGGUGAAAGUGGACACGUCGUCGCCGUUGGAAACUGUGGGGCCCCGGAUGAAUCCGAACCAGGGCCGUGUGAGCAUGUCCCUCCCUGAUGCGGAGACGACUUUAAUUCGGAUUCCUCCGAGACACACGGACGAAGGACUUGACGGUUUUCGACUUCUGUUGACUUUGGACGAUUCCACCGACGACCGGAUUGAUCUGACACUCGGCGACGUCGGGAUGGAGCAACCAGUUCAGCCGGCAUACGACGACCCCUUGUACUCCGGCCUUCAGGACGAGGCGAUGGGAGAGGACGUUCUGAAGAAGUCCUCAGACGCUGUUGGAGAUAGAUUUCUCUAUUUGAGUGAUGACGAUAAAGACACAGCACACGAGGACAAGAAGUUAAGGGGGGGAGAGGUGUUGUUGGACAUCCAUGGGACCUUGAGCACAACACAAUACGACACAGUGGCGAUGGAGGAAACCCAACCUGUCGAUGUUGUGGACGUCGACGCUCUUUGUCCGGAGACGGAUAGACUAAAAUUGCCUGUCGCGGACAUGGAGGAUUUCCGCCAUCGAGAUGGGGAUGAAUUCAUGUCGUCUCCAAACAUCGACGCCGACAUCUCGAACCUGUCAAGUUUCCCUGUGAGUUUGGAGCACGUCGUCGCCGCGUCGACGUGCACGGGGGCGCCAAUCGUGCUGGGACUGCCAUCAGUGGGCUCUGGUGACGUGGAAGCUAAGCCUGGUAAGCACUGUCUUCCUCUGCUUGCUUCACGCUCGUCAGCCCGUUCGUGAAGUGUUGUUUGCUUCGUCGAUUUCGGGGAGGUGUGUAGGCGGCCGCCAACUGGAUUGUGACGAUGUGCUUCGUGAGGUGCUGUUUGCU